AUGGAGGACCAAGUGAGCCGACUGGUGGACAAGGUCUGGGAUCGGUACCUCCGGACGCCGCCUGACCAGCGUGUGCUGAUUGCCAUUGGCGGCAUUCCUGGCUCUGGGAAAACAUCCUUGGCCCGCGCCGUUGCUGCGGCCAUCAACCAGAAGCACGCGGAGCAGGCUGGGGUCUCUGGGCCGGUUGGUACGGCGAAGCCAACCGAGCCGGUCGCCACGGCCGUGCCCAUGGACGGCUUCCAUCUCACCCGUGCGCAACUUUCCGCCAUGCCCGACCCCGUCCGUGCCCACGCCCGCCGCGGUGCCGAAUUUACGUUCGACGGCGCCGCAUUUCUGGCGCUGGUGGAACGCCUGCGGGCACCCAUCGAGGAACCGGACACGUCCGGGUCCGUGGCCACCGUCCUGGCCCCCUCGUUUGACCACGCCAUCAAGGACCCCGUCGCCGACGCCAUUGCCAUUGGCCCGCGCCAGCGCAUCGUCCUCUUCGAGGGCAAUUACGUCUGUCUCGACAAGGAGCCCUGGCGCACCGCGUCCGACGCCCAGCACAUGGACGAGCGCUGGUUUGUGGAUGUGGACUUUGCCGUGGCGCGCGCCCGGCUGAUCCAGCGGCAUAUCGCGGCGGGCCUUGCGGCGGACGCCGAAGCGGCAGCAGCGCGGGCCGACGAGAACGACCUCGUCAAUGGCGCCGAGAUUGUGGCUGGACGGGUGGCGACGAUUGACGAGACGAUUGUCAGCCGAGAGGACGCCUCGUGGUCAUGA